AUGGCGGCAACAAUUGGUGGACCCGUCUCUUGCCUCAGCAGGAUUGCUGUGGUUACUGGAGGGGCGAGAGGGUUAGGACUAGGGAUAUGCAAACAAUUGGCUUCUAAUGGUGUCAAAGUCGUAUUAACCGAUAAAGAUGAAGAGAAGGGGUUGGAUGCCGUGGAGAAGCUCAAACAAUUUCCGCAUUUUGACAUCACCUUUCACCACUUAAAUGUGACGGACUCUACAAACAUUUCUUCUCUAUCAGAGUUCAUUAAGACUAAGUUCAAGAAGCUUGAUAUCUUGGUGAACAAUGCUGGAGUAGCAGGAGGCAUAAUAGACCAUGAGAAACUAAAAGUCUUUGAUGGUAAAAUUGAAAAGCUGGGUAAAUCAGCUAAUCCCUUCAUUAUUGGAGAGACCUACGAAAGGGCAGAAAAGUGUGUGAGCACAAACUAUUACGGAACUAAAACGAUGACGGAGACGUUCAUUCCUCUUCUUUUAUCAUCCCAGUCACCAAGGAUAGUAAAUGUUACCUCCCGUUGUGGGAAGCUACAGUACAUUCCUAACCAGAGCAUCCAGAAAGAAAUAGGCGACAUAGAUAACUUGACGGAGGGGAAAAUCGACGAGAUGGUACGAUCCUUUCUGAGUGACUUUAAGGAAGGGAAUCUGAGGAAAAAUAACUGGCCUACUAGCUUGUCGGCGUACAUUGUGUCGAAAGUGGCGGUGAGUGCGUAUACAAGGCUUAUCGCAAAGAGGUAUCCCGCAAUUUGUACAAACUGUAUACAUCCAGGAUUUGUGAGAACGGACAUAACUGGGGAUUUGGGCACGUUGUCGGCCGAAGAAGCCGCGAAGGGCCCUGUCAUGUUGGCUUUGCUUCCUGAUGGUAGCCCUUCUGGGCUUUUCUAUGACCAAACAGAAGUAUCAUCGUUUACGUGAUAAUUUUAGUACGCGCAUUUGAGAGAGAAAAAGAAUAAAUAUAUUGUACUUUAUGUAUUUCUCUCUUUUCUGUCUAAAAAAAUUAUUUGGUACUUAAAAGAAAGAU